AUGACGCACGAACUGCCACUGCGAACAGCAACACAAAAACCCCGUCUACAACGAUUUGAACAAAUUACUCACUAUCUGCUGCAGCGAACUCUGGGAUGGACAUUUAUGAGUGAUAUACCCGGUCAAACACGAUCAAAUGCAAACAAAUUACCAGAUUCAAAUAUUCUACAAGACCAUUCAACAAUUCCAGAGUUAUUGAAAGAUCCACUUAUUACAGCUUUCUCAUGCAUCAAUUCCAAGAAACCGUUAUCAAUAUCAAUUAGCCAACAACACAAACAUACAUUUUAUUGGUGGGGUGGAAUUAACAUACAUCAACAAGAAUUAAUGUGCUAG